ACUGAGCCCCCACCCCGAACUGAAAGUCCACCCCGGGCCGGCGCCCCGGAGGAGGGGUUCGUGCCCCAGCCGCGAGCCCGGCGGUGCGCACCCCAUUGGGCGUGGAGGCCCGGCCCGAGUGCUUUACCGCUUUUCCUCUCUCGCCAGGCCCCGCGACGGAGGACGGCUCAGGGCAGCGGCGGCAUGUGAGGGUGACAGCGCGCGCGCCAGGAGCCCGAGAGCGCGGAGCGCGCGUGGGCCAGGUGGACGUCAGCCUGCCGGCGGGGCCGCCGGGCGCUCGGGAUGGACGCCGAAGGCUUGGGUUGGCUUUUGGUCCCGCUGCAGCAGCUGGUUUCCUGGGGGGCAGCUGGGGCCAUGGUCUUCGGAGGGGUGGUGCCGUACAUCCCGCAGUACAGGGACAUCCGGAGGACUCAGAACGCCGAGGGCUUCUCGACCUACGUAUGUCUGGUGCUCCUGGUGGCCAAUAUCUUACGAAUCCUCUUCUGGUUCGGGAGGCGCUUCGAGGCGCCGCUGCUCUGGCAGAGCGUUGUCAUGAUCCUGACCAUGCUGCUGAUGCUGAAGCUCUGCACCGAGGUCCGCGUGGCCAACGAGCUGAACCUGAAGCGCCGGGUCUUUGCAGCUGCAGAUAAUAAAGAUGAAGCCAGAGCCCCCCCCAGGCGAUCAUAUCUGGACCUCGACCCCCAGCACUUUUGGCACUGGGACAGCUUUGGGGACUACGUGCAGUGCGUCCUGGCCUUCACCGGUGUGGCGGGCUGUGUCACCUACCUGUCCAUCGACUCGGCCCUUUUCGUGGAGAGCCUGGGCUUCCUGGCCGUGCUGACCGAGGCCAUGCUGGGCAUGCCGCAGCUCUGCCGCAACCACCGCCACCAGUCCACGGAGGGCAUGAGCAUCAAGAUGGUCCUCAUGUGGACGAGCGGCGACACCUUCAAGACGGUCUACUUCCUGCUGAACGGUGCGCCCCUGCAGUUCUCAGCGUGCGGGCUGCUGCAGGUGCUGGUGGACCUGGCCAUCCUGGGGCAGGCCUACGUGUUCACCCGCCACCCCCUAAAGCCGGCCCCCCACGCAGCACACCCCGCCAGCGCCAAGGCCCUCUGAGGCAGCCGGGAGGAUGAGGAUGCGGGACCACGGGCCGUGGGCUCCGGCCAGGCCACCUGUCCUCCCCGAGUGGGGCAGGUGGGUGCUGCGGCCCCGAGACAGGGUCCCAGCCAUUGGGUCUUGCUCAGCUUCUGUGGCUCUCACGGGGUGAUGGGGCCUGGGUGCCGACGUUGUGCUCUGUUAUCCAGGACUCGUGUGAGCAGGUUUUCCCCCCAGGCUGGGAGCCUGCUGCUCUCAAAGUGACGGAAAAGCAGGUCUCCUCUCCCACUUUGGCUCAAAAUACUGCUGGCUGGAGCCUGGGUCAUGUUCACAUACCAGGAGGAGGCCACCCUGGGCCCUGCAGGACCGAGGACCUCAGGAAACCUCCACAUCUCAGCCCCCGUGGCCUCGACGUGGCUGAUGGGGCCGAGGGGGCCUGCAGCUGGGCUGGGGAGCCCCAAGAUGGGAGAGACGGGGGGCAGGAGUGAGAAACGGCACCAGGAGAGCCCAGGUCCCAGCCCACGGAGCCCACAGCCUCAGACUGGCUGGGGGUGACUCCCGGCAGGGUCGGGCCUGGGACACGUCGGGGUGAGGUACCAAAGCACCACAGGGCUCUGGUUGCGAAACCCUAGGUAGGUCCCUUUCCAGGGCCCCCAGUGGCCUCGCUGCUCCGCCGGCCCCUCCUGGGCAGGCUGCUGUGGACCCACCGUCUCCAGCCGGGCUCUGGCCAGUGUGAGCCCCGGGGUGUUGGGAGCGGGGCCUGGGGCAUGGCAGGUGCAGCAGCCCCCGGGGCUGCCUGGGAAGGGGCAGACCCACUGGCCAUCCCCCCGGAGGGCUACCGCACAGGCAUCCCUUUCCUCUGGGAACCGUGUGCUUGCAGAUAUGGCCUUAGGUGUCUGUCUUCCAGGCCUGGAGAUGCCUGCGGGUCAGGGCAGGGGACAGCGAGGCAGGUGUUCCCCCAUGCUGUGCAGGGCAUCCCUGCUGCCACCCUCCUCCUGUGCAGCCCUCCGCAUCCGCUGUGCCUGGUGGUGGUGGGGUGCUGGUCUGACACUGGUCCCCGUUCGGUUUACACGAGCAUCUCAGCUGUGCCCAGCGGCCCUGCUCCAACUCCGGGCCCCGCAGGGCAAGUGUUUAGAUGCUUCCACACGGCUCCCGCAGGCGCUUUCCUUCCCCCAGGCAGAGGGGUGGCUCUGUAGCGUCCACGGUCCUGGGGCUGGUGCCAAAGCUGCAGCGUCUGCCGUGGCCAGUGCACGGCGUGCGGAGCCGUUUCCUCCUCCUGAGUUUUCCUCAAAAACUCCUGAAUGUUUGAGGAUCCUGCUUAGUUCUCUGGCCUGCAAGACGCUUUGAAAACGUUUACUUUUUAAAAAUGAAAGGAGAUGUCUGUAGCAGUCAUUGCCUCCAAAUUAACACAUUACCAGUGCAGGGGUGACCUACAUGCCACGUGUGGGAGCACUGCUGGUUCUGUCAGGGCGGCUUUAAUUCAAUAAACUGCUCGUGGAUCCAG